GAACAAAGAAACAGGAACAGGAAUUAUCUAAGUUUUGGUACCAGUCGCCGGACAAUUGAGUACAGUAAUUUUGGGAGCAAGCGAGAGAAUUCUAUUAAUAAAAGUACGGAGCCGCCAUCUUGCUUCGGAUUUAAGAACUGCCAUUUUGUAGAGAAAGUAAAGAGUGAAGUUACCAGCGGCUGUAACUUAGAAGAUAAUUUUAUUUAAAAGGUUAUAAUUGGAUCGAUACUAACCAAACAUGGCAGCGCUAGUGAGCUGUAGUAUUAACCCCGAGUAAAAAUAAACAAAAAUAAUUGUAAUUAUUCAAAAGUGAGCAGAAAAUUUUCAAAAAAAUGGCCGACGACCGGGAAGUGCUAAAAGAAAUUUGGAAGGGAAAAAUUCCAGUGUGUUUCCAGUUGGACCGUGAAGAAGUUUGUGAGCUUCAAGCUCCUGACCCAUUUUACCUCAUGGUGCCUAGAUUGAGUUAUUUUCCACUUUGUACUGACAAGGUUAGGAAGCACUUUAUAAAACACAUCCAAGAGGACCACCAAGAAAAUGAAAUGUGGCUGGAGUUUAAUGGCACUCCGCUUAAAUGGCACUUUCCAAUUGGCGUGUUAUUGGAUAUUUAUUCUAACGAUGUAGAGCUGCCUUGGAAUAUUGUCGUGCAUUUUGAUAAGUUUCCUGAAAAUGAUAUUAUGCAUUGUCCUAAUAAAGAAGUAGUAGAGGCAUACUUUCUAUCUUGCAUAAAAGAAGCGGACGUUUUGAAGCACCGAGGAACAGUAGUGUCGUCAAUGCAAAAGAAAGACCACAACCAAUUGUGGCUGGGGCUGCUCAACGACAAGUUCGACCAAUUCUGGGCAGUGAACCGUCGGCUGAUGGAGACCUCUAGCGAGGAAGGCUUCAAAUUCAUCCCGUUCCGCUGCUACAUCUCCGAAGAAAAGUACGUCCAGAAGCUUGUCAAGCCAGUGACUGAAGAUGGCGCUCGAAAGACUCUCCGCCAUCUUCUCGAGGAGCUGUUCUCGGAAGACGCCAAAGAAGAGAGGGCAGUUCGCACUCACGGGAUAUCCCCACCCUUGGACACUCCCCUCCAGUGGCUCUCCGAGCACAUGAGCUACCCCGACAACUUCCUCCACCUCUCUCUUACCUAAUUAAUUUUUUAUUUAAAAAAAAAUCAAAAUAGAAAUACACUCGGAUUAAUAAUUGUGAUUUUACUUUAAUGUUUUUAUUUUUAUACGCUUUUCCGUUCCGUCUAUUUAUUUAAGGUUAUUAUUUUUAAGAGACAUAUUGUUAUUUUUUUUUCUUUUUAAGAGUCCUUUUAAGUCACACUGAUUAUGUAUUUAAUGUGUAAAUAUUAAUAAUAAAUUAUCACUUUAAUUAAUUACAAGUUU